GAAAAACCCUCAGUAGUGUUACCCUUCCUGUUGUUGGCGGUCUCGGCUGCGAGGAGAGCUCUCAACAGCAAGACUCUCACAGAUAGGCAUCGAACCGGGACACAGUCACUUGACUGUCACACCUGUUUCAAGAGCCACCAACACCAGGAGGACGUCUUCCACCACGCACGAGAUCAGCAUCGAGUUUAAGCAUGUUCUCGAAAAUAAAAGAGUUCUAUACCGGAGAGCGAAGCCAUGAACAAAAUUUUCAGGAGACGAACAUGGACUCCUUUCUUCCAUCAAUGGACACACAUGCUAAUAAUUUGGAAAGCGAUGCAGUGCUGUACGAUCAAUAUGAAAAGAGAGUGCGACCUUGCAUUGACCUCAUUGACAAGCUGAGAGCAUUGGGUUUGGAAAAGGAUCUGUCUCUUCCAGCCAUCGCAGUAAUUGGAGAUCAAAGCUCUGGAAAAAGCUCCGUCCUUGAGGCACUUUCUGGGAUCGGUCUACCCAGAGGCAGUGGUAUUGUGACUAGAUGUCCUUUGGAACUGAAGCUGAAGCAUACCGAGGUGCAGAAUACAUGGACGGCCAAAAUCAGUUACAACAACUACAGCAAAGAACUGUCGGGCCCAUCUGAAGUGGGCAAAGAAAUUCUGAAAGCUCAGGACACCAUGGCCGGCGGGAACCUGGGAAUCAGCUCCGAGCUCAUCAGUCUGGAGGUGGAGUCCGACAACGUCCCCGACCUCACGUUAAUCGACCUUCCAGGCAUCACUAGGGUUGCUGUUGGUAACCAGCCACGGGAUAUUGGAGACCAAAUUAAGCAACUAAUUGGCUCCUACAUUAAGGAGGAUAAGACCAUUAACCUUGUUGUCAUACCAUGUAAUGUUGACAUAGCGACCACAGAGGCCUUGAAAAUGGCCCAGGAAGUUGAUCCUACUGGAGAAAGAACACUGGGUAUAUUGACUAAACCUGACCUGAUUGACAAGGGAACAGAAAUAAACAUCCUUAAACUGGUGAAUAACGAGGUUGUUACUUUGAAGAAAGGUUAUAUGGUUGUCAAAUGCCGUGGACAACAGGAUAUUAAUGACAAUUUGACACUGGCUGAGGCUUUAAAGAACGAGAAAGCUUUUUUCAAGCAAAAUAAGUUUUUUAGAACACUCUUAGACGACAAAGCGGCGACAAUACAGUGCGUGGCUGCUAGACUGUCGACAGAACUGGUAAUGCACAUUCAGAAAACUUUACCAAAUAUUCAGAAUGAAAUUCAGCGCAAAAUUGCCGAUACCAAUAAAGAAUUGGAGAGGCUUGGACAGAGAGUGCCUGUGGAUGACGAGGAAAAGACGUACUUUCUCCUUGAUAAAAUUAGAGGCUAUAUUGAGAACGUUGUUAACGUAACAAGCGGCGAGUACACAAGGGACUACAGUGAUAACGAUAGACUGUACAGCAUGGCACGUAGGACUUUUGACGAAUGGAAUGAGUGGCUUAAUUCAGACCAAGCUGAGUCCGAAAAGCUGAUGAAAGCUACAGUAACAGAAUACUUUGCAAUAUCCCGUGGGAGAGAAUUACCUGGAUUUACCAAUUACAAGAUCUUUGAGUCACUCGCCAAGAGUCUGAUCCUGGAGAAGCAACCUUACUCUCUAACCAUGCUAAAAGAAAUAUCAGGCCUGGUCCAGUCAGUGCUUAAAAAUAUGUGUUUAUGGCACUUUGAAGGUCUGCCGAACCUACUGAGAUCUGUCCAGAAAAUGAUCGAUGAUAUUCAGGAGGAGCAGGAAAUGGAAGCGGAGAAAAUGCUGAAGACUUUGUUCAAAAUGGAAAGCCUGGUCUACACUCAGGAUUCCAUUUACUGCAAAAAGCUGAAGAAGAUUCAGGACACAUAUGAAGAAUCAGACGAAGACGAGGAAACCCCAGAGGAUUUUGUUAAAAACAAAGAAAUGACCAGAAUGUCAAUUCAUUUGAAGGCCUAUUUAAAGAUUGCUUUGAACCGACUGGCUGAUAUAGUGCCAAUGGCCAUUAACUUUCACCUGCUGCAGGAGCUGGCAGACAAGCUACAAUGUAAAAUGCUCCUGUUGCUGCAGCGCAAGGAUCAGAUUGAGAUGUUGCUGAUGGAAGAGGCAGGUAUCUUCGAGAAGCGUCGGUUCCUCUCCAACCGCCUGAAGAGACUGAAAAAAGCUAGUGAGGCCUUGACCAUGUAUUAACAGAACAUAUCCUGCUGUUAGUUAUAGCGAACAUUAAAUAAACUAGUGAAUGAAUAGCAAUAGCUGUUGAUAGCCCAUGCAUGUGAAAAGAAGCUCAAUGUAGUUCAAACAUUAUGAAAAUUUUCCACUGGCUUCAGUAGUUUGCAUUUAGGUGUAGGUUCAAUGUAGGAAUUGUCUAUUUUGCAAAAAUUUCAAACAGAACAAUAUUUUACCUCUAGCCACCUACUUCUUGUAGGUGAGCAAUGCACAUUUUCUGGGACUUUUAAACUGUUUUCUUCUAAAUCUAUAUUUAGUGAUUGCAAAAUAUAUUCAGUAUGAAUUUAGUCCCAGUGAACAGCCAUGCGCAGGGAGUAGAACUACUGCCAGGUGAUUGUCGGGGCCAGAAGCAAGGCCAUACUUGAGACCACCCCCGGCACAAUCCUUGGACUGCAGGCAUUUCACUGUAUGUUUCAGCAUGUUUCCAUGCACAUGUGACAAAUAUUUCUUUGUAAUAUUUGUUGAGAGGAAGAGUCGUCGACUCUAAUGGUUCCUAUUUUUUUUUAUGAUGUUACAUAACAGCCCAUGUCUUUUUUUUUAGUUUAGUUGAUUAAAACUGUUUAGGUUAGUUUUUUUGGGGGGAUUAUAUUUUUAAUUUUUUUCCUUUUUCAUGAUUUUUUUUUUAGUUUUUUUUGUUUUAUAUUGUUCAUCUGUAUCCUGUAUGAUUGGGAGUUUUAACAUGAAGUGUCAACUGGGCGUAUAGUUAACUAUGUCAUUUAUAACAAUGUACUCCCAAUAACUUUGUAUCAAUACUAUGCUAUGUUUAUUAUUAUGAAACUAAUGAAAAGAUUGACUAAAAAAGAAAAGAAAGAAAAAUUUAAUUUUGGGUCCAACUUUAUUCAAUGGAUUAAAUUACUGUAUUUAUCUCCUUCUGCUUGGGUUCUUACUAAUUCUCAGAAUUCUAAACCAUUUAAACUUCGACGUGGAACCAGACAAGGUUGCCCUUUGAGUCCUUUGCUCUUUGAUCUGGCCUUAGAACCCUUAGCUGUUGCUUUUCGAGAAUCUCAUGAUAUCACUGGUAUUUUACGGAAGGGUGCUACCCACAAAGUUUCACCUUAUGCGGAUGACUUAUUGCUUUACAUUUCUCAUUUAAUUUUUAAAAUCUUUUUAUUGACAUAUAAUCUUCUACAGCUAUAAAAUACAAAAGUUCAACAAAUUAGUAUAUAUAUAAUUAAUAAAGCUGAAGAAAAGAACUUAUAUAUGCUAAUGAAAAAAAAUUAUAUAAGAAAAAAAAGGAAAAAAGAGAACCCCAAAUGACUGAAAAAAACUCACUAACUACAAAAGAGAAAAAAAAUGAAACCAACUCCCGGAGCAAUACAUCUUACAAUCAUCUAUAUAUAUAUAUAUAUAUAAAGAAAAAACAGCAACCAUCUAAUCACAUUUAUAUAACAUAAAAUUGGAAGGAAACCAUGUAAAUUAAUUCAAAUUAAAUGAUAAUAUUUGGCAAAAAGAGCCCCACCUGCUCUCAAAAUCGAAUUGGGGAUCAAAAGUUCUACUUCUAAUUUUUUUUUCCCAAACUAAAGCAUAACAUUACUUGGGAAAACCAUUGAAUUAGUGUAGGAGCAGUAGUAUCUUUCCACUUCAAUAAAAUAGCCCUUCUUGCCAACAAUGUAACAAAUGCAAUUACAUGUUGGUUUGAAAAUGAAAUACCCUGAACAUGAUGCGGAAUUAUUCCAAAAUGAACAGUCAAUGUAUUAGGUUGUAAAUUAAUUUUCAAAGCUUUAGAAAUUGUAGAAAAUAAAGAUUUCCAAAAUGAUUUCAAAUGAGGAACAGGACCAGAACAUAUGUGACAAAGUAGCUACUUCAUUUUUACACCUAUCACAAUAGUUGUCUAUAUUAAGAAAUAUUUUGGAUAGCCUCUCCUUUCUUAAAUAAUAACGGUGAACAAUUUUAAAUUGAAUUAAACAAUGAUUGGCACAUAACAAAGAAGAAUUAACCAUUUUCAGAACUCGCAACCAAUCUUCAUUAACAAAAGUCAUAUUAAGUUCUCUCUCCCAAGUUUGUUUAAUCUUUAGUGAGAGGUUAUGUUUUUGUAGUUAAAAUUAUUUAUAAAUUCUACCAAUGGAAUCUCUCACGAAAGGAUACAUAUUCAAAAUAGUAUACAACAAAUCAGAUUCUUGCAUAUAUGGAAACGUAGAAAAAUAUUUUUGUAAGAAAUGUCUAAACUGAAAAUAUUGCAAGAAAUGUGUAUGAAAGAGAGAAUAUUUGCUAAUUAACUCUUCAAAAGUCAUCAAUCGAUCAUCACUAAAUAAAUCUGCAAAAGAACAGAUCCCCUUAUUUCUCCAUAAAAGAAAAAUGGGAUCAGUAAUUGAAAGUUUAAAUAGCAAAUUUUGAAAUACAGGGCUAGACUAUUUAAAUUGUUUAAAAUUAAAAGAGUUGUGAAACUGAAACCAAAUCCGUAAGGACUGUUUAACUACAGGGUAGAGAUUUAAACUGGGAAUUUUAGCAAGUUGUAAAGGUAACGGAGCUCCUAAUAAUGAAGUUAAAUGAAAUUGUUUGAUAGCUUUUAAUUCCACAUCAAUCCAAGCUGGAUUUUGGCUCUUAUCGAGCCAAGAUAACCAAAAACAUAGUUGUCGAAUAUUAGCAGCCCAAUAACACAAUCUUAAAUUAGGUAGCACAAGUCCACCAUCUUUUUUGGAUUUUUGUAAAUGAAACUUAUUAACUCUUGGUUUUUUUAUUAUUCCAAAUAAAGGACGAAAUAGUAGAAUCAAUUUGAUCAAACAUUUUUUUAGUUAGAAAAAUAGGUAUAUUUUGAAAAAUAUAUAAAAAUCUAGGUAAAAUCAUCAUUUUCACGGCAUGAAUACGACCUAUUAAAGAAAGUGUAAGAGGAUUCCAUCUAGAAAGUAAUAGUUUCAUAGAGUCUAAUAAAGGAACUACAUUAGCUUUAUAAAGAUCUUUAUACCCAAAUAUUUAAAAGAAUUCACAAUUCUAAAUGGAAUAUCAUUAAAUAUAAAAACAGGAACAUUUAAAGGGAACAAUUCACUUUUAUUUAAAUUAAGUUCAUAUCCUGAAAAUUUUCCAAAAUCAUUUAAUAAUUCCAAAAGAUUAGGAAUAGAUUCUUCAGGAUUCGAAAUAUAAACCAAAAGAUCAUCUGCAUAAAGAGAGAACCCUAUCGCUACCGUUAUUACUAAUAAUCUCAGGUCUCCCUUUUUUCACUCUCACGAGGUACUCAACAAGGGUGUCCAUUAAGUCCUUUAUUAUUUAAUCUCGUACUGAAGCCUUUGGCUAUAAUAAUUCCUGAAGCUAAAAAUAUUCAUGGUAUCUCUAUAAAUGCUUUACAUUUCUAAUGUCAAAACUUUGUUACCUUCUGUACUUUCUUUACUCUCUUGUUUUAGUCAGUUUUCUGGAUAUAAAUUGAACCUACACAAGAGUGAACUUUUUCCUUUGAAUAAUUUGGUAUUAACUGAUAUUAACCUUCCUGUUAAAAUUGUAAGAAACCAAUUUACUUAUUUGGGUGUCACAAUUACUAAGAAUUAUUUUAUUAAAUUAUACAAAAAGGACAUUAUCAAAUUGGUCACCCCUUUCGUUAUCAUUGAUUGGUCAAAUUAAUUCUAUUAAAAUGAAUGUUUUACCUAAAUUUAUGUACCUUUUUCAGGCUUUACCUGUUUAUAUUCCUAAAUCCUUUUUUGACUCUCUGGACUCUAUUUUAUCCUCCUAUAUAUGGAGAAAUAAACGUCCUCGAUUGAAUAAAGUCCAUCUCCAGAAAGUUAAAAAGAAUGGAGAUUUAGCUUUAACAAAUUUUAGGGUUUAUUACUGGGCAGCUAAUAUAUGGAAUCUUAUGUUUUGGUUAUAUUAUAUUAAUAAUGAGGACUGCCCAGAGUGGGUUUCUUUAGAAGCUAACUCUUGUUAAUAAAUGUUCUAUUAUCUCUCUUUUGGGAUCUUCACUUCCUUUAUCCUUAAUAAAAUAACUGAAAAUGUGGUAGUCAAACAGACUUUGAGGAUUUGGAUACAAUUUAGAAAACACUUCGGUCUAUUGAGAUUUUCUCUUUCUAGUCCCAUUUUAAAUUUAUUUUAAGCCUUCUAUGACUGAUGUAGUUUUUAAACAAUGGGAUGGAUUGGGCAUUACAUGUUUCCAGGAUCUGUUUGUGGAGGAAGUCUUUCUUCGUUCAAACAAGUGUCGACUAAUUAUAGCUUACCAAAACCCCAUUUUUUGGGUACUUACAAAUUAAAGACUUUCUGCAAUCUCAAUUAUAUACAUUUCCUAAUAGGCCUGAUAACUUAUUAGAUGAAAUUCUUAAUAUGAAAUCUUUUUAUAAUGGUUCAACAUCCAAUAUUUAUGAUAUGUUGAUGGAAAUGAGAAAUGAUUCUUCAGAUAAAAUCAAAGAUCUUUGGGAACAAGAUUUACAGACUUCAAUUUCUGAAGAAACUUGGAAUGACAUUUUUAAAUUGGUUAAUACUUCAUUAUUAUGUGCUCAUCAUUCCCUCCUACAAUUUAAAAUGGUUCAUAGGGUUUAUAUGACCAAGGAUAAGUUAUCUCAUUUUUAUAUGGAUAUAUCUCCCUACUGUGAUAGGUGUAACAAUGGAGAAGCUUCAAAUAUUCAUAUGUUUUGGACAUGUCCAAGUCUUGAAAAAAUUGGAAGGAAGUAUUCCAAACUUUUUCUUACUCUUUAAAGUAAAUUGUAAGCCUAAUCCUUUGACUGUUUUAUUUGGUAUUGUUGGAGGGAAAGAUAUCAUCUUGAAGAUAUCUGAUCUGAACAUUCUGGCUUUUAUCUCUCUUAUGGCUAGGAGGGCACUUUUGUUUAAAUGGAAGGAUGCUGUUCUGCCUAACCAUGAUCAGUGGUUACGGGAUGUUAUGGCAUGCUUAAAUUUAGAAAAGAUUUGUUGUUCAAUUUCUGAAUCUAACCAAGUUUUUCAAAAUUUGUGGGGGCCAGUUUUAAAUUAUUUUCAUAAUCUUUGAUUUCUCGUUAAAGUACAGAAGCUGGUUAAUAGCAUAUUUUAUUAUCUGAUAAGGUUUGUUUUUCUUUCCAAACAGCUUCGACUUUGGUAGUGGGUAUAGAUUUUUUAAAAUAUAAAAUUGUUUAUAUUCUAACAUACAGAUUAAUCUAAUCUAUAUGAAUAUAGGGU